AUGCCACAACAAGCAAGAAAAGCUUCGACGGCCGCAUCGGCAAAAAUCGCUAAAGACGCUACUGCUGGUUCACGUAAACGCAAAAAUUCCAAUAACCCUGAAGAACAAGAACAAAAAGAUCUUACUUCUAACACUGAAGAAAAUGUUUCUCAAGAAAACGGCGUAAAUAAUAAUAAUGAUGUCGACAAUUCUGAAGCUCCUCCAGAUAAAAAAAGAAAGACAGAUGACAACGGAAAGACAGAUGACAACGAAGACAAUCAUCAGCACAAUGGCAAUAACAUUGAUCAUAAUGGCGAUGCCGCUGCUCAUGACUUACAAGAAAGUCAUCAUGACCAUGAUCAGGAAAUGACUGAAAGGGAACCUGAUACGAGUGACGAUCAUUACGAAAAUGGAGACCACCACAAGGAUAAUGGCAAUCUAACCUCACAAGUUUCUCAAGAACCUGAACCUGAGCCGGUUCAAAAACAAACUGCCGAUACUGAAAAGAAGGAUGAGCUGGCAAUGAAAAUGACCGCUAAUACCCUUGAAAAGGGUCAUGUUGGCGUAGAUAAUCCAACAUCCAUCGAUGAUGUGCAACGAAUGUAUAUGGUUCUUAUACCUUAUCUUGUUCGACCAUCCCUUGAGAAAGAUCCAAUUUCUAGUUUUGCACAAGAGCUUUCAGCUGGUAAACUUGAAGCUGAAACCGAAGCUGCGAUUGGCAAAACCCGUGUGAUUAUUCUCGGAAAGAAAAAAUUACCCGAAAUUAACAAGCAUGACUGUUUUUGGGGAUUUGUCGGACGAGGUGUUUAUAACAUCGUAGAUCACCAUAACAGAACACACUUGGCAUACGUGUUGGAAGUUCCAGAAAAUCCUUUUCAACUUCAACUUGAUUUUAAUGUUGGUAAAAAGGGUUCUUAUGCUUUAACCGUCAAAAAUUCUGAUGUUGCCAAUCCACGAAACGCUGGCCUAACUGAAAAUGAAAAGGUCAAAUUUCCUGAGCAUCUCAUGAACCAUUUCAGCGGUAGACGAUUUAUUUCUUUUCCAACAACUAAUUUCCUGGAUUAUAAUGGUGCUGAAGUAUUACUCAUUGGUGCCAGAAAUGAUAUAGCGGAUGAAUUAGGUCAAGAAGUCGGUGGUGAACUCGAAGAAUUUGCUGAAUUGGAAUUGAAAUCUCUUGUUUCAUUUGAUGACCAAGGUGUCUUUGACGAAUUGCAUCUAGAAAAAGAUAUCAUACCCACUGAACCUGCGUUCCACGGUUUGUGGAAGUAG